AGAAAUAUUGGGAAGAUCACCCUGGACAUGAAGUUCCAAUAAUGAAGCCAAUGUUUUAUAGUGGGCCCUGGCGUAUUAUGAGAGGUGAAGUUCCUCGUUAUUUGGAGGAGCCGCCAAAGCAGACGCCAUCUUAACUUGGCUCAAUCACCACCUUGACAAGAUAUGGCCUUAUGUCGACGAGGGUGGCACUUGGCACCUUAAACUCUCCUGAUGUCAUCAUGAUUGUUAUUUCCUUUUUGCACUUCGGUUUUUCUUCUUUUGGGACUUGUUUCUGUUGUUAGGCAGCAUCAGAGGCUAUAAGAAGCUCUGUAGAACCAAUUCUUAAGCAAUACCGUCCAGCAAUUUUGGCAUCUCUAAAGUUCUCUAAGUUGACUCUUGGUACUGUGCCACCUCAGUUCACAGGAGUUUCCAUCAUCGAGGGUGAAUCUGACGAGAUAAUUAUGGAAUUGGACUUGCAGUGGGAUGGAAAUCCUAAAAUUGUACUUGAUAUAAAGACUAGACUUGGUGUAACUCUACCAAUACAGGUAAAAAAUAUUGGAUUUACUGGGGUUUUUAGGAUAAUAUUCAAACCAUUAGUUGACGAGUUUCCCUGUUUUGGAGCUCUUUGUUAUUCAUUGAGAGAGAAGGAAACAAUACGAGAUGCUAUUGAAGAUUCUAUCACUUGGCCAGUACGUAAAAUCAUACCCAUAUUACCAGGAGAUUACAGUUACCUAGAGUUAAAGCCAGUGGGGACUUUGAAUGUGAAGCUCAUUGAAGCAAAGGAAUUAACAAAUAAGGACAUAAUUGGAAAAUCUGAUCCAUUUGCCGAGCUAUUCGUCCGUCCCCUACUUAUUAGUAGAACUGCACAUUAUAUGUCGCAGAACAAUCAAACAAGUCCAAUCUGGAACGAGCACUUUGAGUUUGUUGUGGAGGAUGUAGCCACCCAACAUUUGACCAUAAGAGUUUAUGAUGAUGAAGGAAUUCAAGCUUCUGAACUAAUUAGUUGUGCUCAAUUACCACUAGGCGAGCUUGAGGCUGGUAAAGUUAAAGAUGUGUGGUUGAAACUGGUGAAGGAUCUUGAGAUCCAGAAAGACCAGAAAAACCGUGCGACGGUCAUAUCUGCAGAGAACUUGCCAGCUAAAGAUAUCUUGGGAAAAUCUGAUCCUUUUGUGGUGCUAAGAAUGAAGAAGUCUGAACAGACCUACAAGACUAGGGUCCUCAACGAUACCUUGAAUCCAGUUUGGAAUCAGACCUUCGAUUUUGUAGUUGAGGAUGGGUUACAUGAGUUGCUAAUCCUUGAAGUUUAUGACCAUGACACAAAGAAGUUGUGAAGGAGAAAAUGGGUAGAUGCAUCAUGACUCUGACGAGAGCCAUAUUGGAGGGAGAAUUUACAAUUAGUUUCCUUAAUGAUGGUACCGAUUCAGGAAGGUUGAAUUUGAGCAUCAAGUGGACUCGACAACAAUCAGUCGAGAUUGAUCGAGGUCUGAUCUAGUCAGCAAGAGACUACUUCCCAUGCUUAUGUUCUUCCUGAUGCUCAAAGUAAGAGUGACGAUGAAAAGGCCCAUCGCUGGUUAAGUUGGCCGAGAACCAAACAACAAAAAUAUAUGUCUUGUUAUCAUGUCGAUAUUAUAUAUAUGUAUGUGUGCAUGCAAGUAUAUAGGGGAAUGUUGCAAUAUAUGCUGGUGUGGAUGAUGAGAAGAGUGGAGUUGUGUGAAAUGGAACUUAAUUUUGAUAUAAACAUGAAUUCAUUUUAAGUUGUCUAAUUAAGAGGGGAAUUGAUGGCUAUUCUUGUUAACAAGUCAAACAAUUGAAACAACAAUGCCAUCUGCUU